AUGUCUCAGCCGCAGAAGGAUGUCCUCCUCAUCCUGAUGCCAUACAUACCGAUCGAGGAGUUCCGGGAGAUUCUCGAUACGGUCAGCCCCGGUAUCAAAGUGGUUCCAAUCGGCAACAAAGUAUACGACAAGACGCUGCCCGAAGACGUGGACAAGGAGCUGCUCAAGUCGGCUACGGCCAUGCUGUCGUGGAACAUCUUCCCCACACGGGAACAAGCCCCGAACCUGAAAUACGUGCAGCUCACUAGUGCCGGCUGCAACCAGGUACAAGGCCUGCCGCUUUUCGAGGAUCACGACGAGGUAAACUUUUGCACGGCCAAUGGAACACACGGACCCCAAAUAGCAGAAUGGGUGUUUUCCACCUUUCUCGCCCACCAGCACCGGUUACCUGCAUACCUCGAUGACCAAAAGAUCGGUCAGUGGACCAUGCCCGAGUCCGACGUGGACACGGAAGACGCCGUCGGUCUGCGAGCAGGCAUCCUCGGCUACGGCUCGAUAGGCCGCCAGUGCGCGCGCGUCGCCCGCGCCUUCGGCAUGGACGUCCACGCCUACACGCUGCACGAGCGCCCGACGCCCGAGUCCCGCCGCGACGAGGCCUUCUGCGAGCCCGGGCUCGGCGACCCCGAGGGCGCCUUCCCCUCGCGCUGGUUCCACGGCGCGGACCAGGUCGACGAGUUCCUCGCCGGGCUCGACCUGCUCGUCAUCACGCUGCCGCUGACGAGCAAGACCGAGGGGCUCAUCGGCGCGCGGCAGUUCCGCGCCAUGAGCGCGCGCCGCGCCUUCGUCAGCAACAUCGGGCGCGGCGCCAUCGUCAGGACGGACGACCUCGUCGCCGCGCUCAACGAGGGGCUGAUCCGCGGCGCGGCGCUCGACGUCACGGAGCCCGAGCCGCUGCCGCGGGACCACCCGCUGUGGAAGGCCAAGAACGUCAUCAUCACGCCGCACGUGAGCGGCAACUCGAACCACUACAGCCAGCGGCUGCUCAAGAUCAUGAAGGCCAACUUUGAGCGGAUGCGCGACGGCAAGCCCUUGAUCAACAAGAUUGACAAAGGGCUGGGGUAUGAAUUCUUCUCAAUGGAACCAGAGGGAUCCCUUACACAGAGGGGCAAUUACCCAUUUGAGAAAGAGAGCCAACAAGAGGAACAGGAAGAAGGCGACGUUGGUGACGACGACGAGGAGGAUGGAAGCACCGAGUAUGAGAGCAUCGACGACGGCGAAGUCAAAAUGGCUGGGAAAGCAGACAAGCCAGACAAACAAUACCAGAAGAGGACAGCAGGACCUCAAAUGCCGACAAUGAUUGUUCCUGCGGCAUUCCAGGAAAUCGACGAACCAGCUCCUGCAAACGAACCGGUUGUGCUACAUGAUGGCCCAGCAAAGACGACCGAUGACCCUCCUGCAAAUGAAGACCCUCCUGCGAGCGACGUCCCUCCUGCCAACAAAUCACAGAUUUUCUUAGAAUCUGAAAGCACGCAACUUCACAAAUGUCUCCAUACGUGGAUUUUGACUUCUACGGUCCCAAGGUUCACCUACCGCAUCUAG